GAGGGCAGCGGAGCCGGGGUUCCUGUCAUGUGACCCGUCCCCUCGGCGCCCUCACGGUCCCGCCUGGCGCGGUGGAAGCCGUCGGAGGAGGGGGCUCCACCGGGGACUCGGUUCCUUGGUCCCCACGUGAGCUGGACGCAGAGCAGGGGGAGAAAGCGGAGGGCGAGAGUGUGAAAGUGAGAAUUGAGGUCCUGGGGCCGUGUGAGAGGAAUUAUUAGAGCCUCCUCCCGGGGCUGCACUGCACCAAGUUAGACAGAAGAGAGUCCAGCGGGUUCCUGCAGGAGGCCGAUCCUGGGAGCUGUCGGGGUUUGUGACAGGAGCUUCUUCCAAAGAACGAAUUGGCGAGUGGAGAAGAGCGAGAAUUCUCUCCGAAGGGUGGCCCAGGUGGCGGGUAGGGCUGGGAUGGAGCAGGCCUCGGCUUUACGGUUACGGGCCUAUCCUUCCCAGCCCUUUGGUACUUUCGCCCCCAUUUGACAGACGGGAUGACCAAGGCCCCUGGCCGUGUGUCGCUUUGAGAGUUGGAACGGACCGAGCAGGAUUCUUUGUCUUGGUUCCGGAGUGAGCCAAGGCCACGACUUUGAGGCUCACCCACUUGGCGAGCACAUCCCUCCUGGGAGUUGGCGUCGCAGCCCCGGAGAUGCUGCGGCAGUGGUCGGUGCAGUCGGGGCAGGCCCCCGAGGGACCAGAACAGGAGAUGGCCACCGAUGAGCUGUGGGAGUCGGAGAUGGAGCGGCUGUGCGCCUCCCGGGCGCCCGUGCGCGCACUGCCCUACCCCAUGGCGGACAAGCGCCUCCUCCGGCAGCUGCGAGAGCCCGAGGGGGUGAAGACCUCAUUCUGGCAGCGGUGGCGGCGCAGGCGGCAGAUAGCAGGACGACGGCGGCUGCGGGAGGCAGCGCGGCGACUGGCCCGGGGCUUUGGGCUAUGGGAGGCGGCUCUUUACGAGAUUGGGGGUCUCUUUGGCACUGGAAUCCGGUCCUACUUCACCUUUCUGCGCUUCCUGCUGCUACUCAACCUGCUGACAGUGCUGGUCACGGCCAGCUUCGUCCUGCUGCCCCUGGCCUGGCUCCACCCCCCUGACCCAGGCCCCACCCGCAACUUGACCCUCCAGUGCCUCGACAGCCACCAGCCCCAGAUGCGUGUCCCAAAGUUCCACAAUCAACUUUGGAAUGUUUUAACUGGCACGGCCUUCAACAACACCUACCUCUUCUAUGGCGCCUACCGGGCAGGGCUGGAGAGCAGCUCAGUAUACAGCAUCCGCCUGGCCUACCUCCUCAGCCCACUGGUCUGCCUGCUCCUCUGCUUCUGCGGAACCCUGCAGCGGAUGGUGAAGGGGCUGCCGCAGAAGUCACUCCUGGGUCAAGACUACAGGGUGCCUCUCAGCGCCAAAGUCUUCUCCUCCUGGGACUUCUGCAUCCAUGUGCAUGAAUCAGCCAAGAUCAAGAAGCAUGAGAUAAGCAACGAGUUCAAGGGGGAGCUGGAGGAGGACCGGUGCUUCCAGAUGGUACAGCAGCAGUCCCCUGCGCAGAGGGCCUGCCGCCUGCUCCGCUACCUGCGGGUCAAUGUCCUCAUCGGGCUCCUGGUGGUUGGGGCCAUCAGUGCCAUCUUCUGGGCCACCAAGUACUCACAGGACAACAAGGAGGAGUCCCUGUUUGUGCUGCUCCAGUACCUGCCUCCUGGUGUCAUCGCCCUGGUCAACUUUAUGGGUCCCCUGUUGUUUGUGUUUUUGGUCCAGCUGGAGGAUUAUCCUCCCAACACCGAGGUCAACCUCACCCUUAUCUGGUGUGUGGUGCUGAAACUGGCCAGCCUGGGGAUGUUUUCCUUCUCACUGGGUCAGACCAUGCUGUGCCUGGGCAGAAACAAGACCAGCUGCGAGUCCUACGGCUACAACGCCUGUGACUACCAGUGCUGGGAGGACUCUGUGGGACAGGAACUGUAUAAGCUGAGCACCUUCAACUUCCUCCUCACAGUGGCCUUCACUUUCCUGGUCAGCCUGCCUAGGAGGCUGCUGGUAGAGCGGUUCUCAGGCCCGUUCUGGGCCUGGCUGGGCCGGGAGGAGUUCCUGGUGCCCAAGAACGUGCUGGACAUUGUGGCGGGUCAGACUGUCACCUGGAUGGGCCUCUUCUACUGCCCCCUGCUACCGUUGCUGAACAGCAUCUUCAUCUUCCUCACCUUCUACAUCAAGAAGUACGCCCUCCUGAGGAACUCCAGGGCGUCUCCGCGGCUCUUCCGGGCCUCCAGCUCCACCUUCUUCUUCCAGCUGGUGCUGCUCUUAGGCCUGCUCCUGGCUGCGGUGCCCCUGGGCUAUGUGGUCAGCAGCGUUCACUCCUCCUGGGACUGUGGCCUCUUCACCAACUACUCUGCCCCCUGGCAGGUGGUCCCAGAGCUGGUGGCCCUCCGGCUCCCACUCCCUGGCCAGCAUGUCCUCCACUACCUCAGCUCCCAUGCCUUCAGCUUCCCUCUCCUCCUCAUUCUCAGCGUCGUCCUGACGGUGUGCGUCUCCCAGUCCCAGGCCAAUGCGAGAGCCAUCCAUGGGCUCCGGAAGCAGCUGCUGUGGCAGGUCCAGGAGAAGUGGCACCUGGUGGAUGACUUGUCGCGGCUGUUGCCAGAGCCGGACCUGGGCCCCGCAUCCCCUCAUUCUCGAGCCUCGCACCCGCGGUCCGUCUGCCCCGGAUUCCCCUGUCCAGGCUCUCCUGGUCCCAGGGCCCCACGACCAGGACCCUCCCUCGAGGAUCCCACGGAGCUGCGCUCCCCAGGCCCCGCACACAGAUUCCGCUUCCCCAGCACGGAGCUGUAGCUCUGACCCCUGCCUCCACCCAUAGCCUCCCCUGGGGCCAGACCUGCAGCCCCUCACUCCACUUUGCCCCACACUCCUGGUCCCUGGUGACCACCCUCUCUCUCAACCACCCUCUAGCAGGAGUCAGCAAAGAGGGGCAAACAUCUGCUGGGACAGCAGAAAGAACAUAUGGGGUUUUUUUGUUGUUUUGUUGUUUGUUUGUUUUUUGUUUUGAGACAGAGUCUCACUAUGUCACCCUUUGUACAGUGCUGUGCCGUCAAAGCUCACGGCAACCUCAAACUCUUGGGCUUAAGUGAUUCUCUUGCCUCAGCCUCCAAGUAGCUGGGACUACAGGUGCCCACCACAACGCCCAGCUAUUUUUUUUUUUUUUUUUUUUUGGUAGAGACAGAGUUUCACUUUAUCGCCCUGGGUAGAGUGCCGUGGCCUCACACAGCUCACAGCAACCUCCAACUCCUGGGUCUAAGCGAUUCUCUUGCCUCAGCCUCCCGUGUAGCUGGGACUACAGGCGCCCGCCACAACGCCCGGCUAUUUUUUUUUUUGGUUGCAGUUUGGCUGGGGCCGGGUUUGAACCCGCCACACCCAGUACAUGGGGCCGGCACCCUACCCACUGAGCCACAGGCGCCGCCCCCAGCUAUUUUUUGGUCGUAGUUGUUUAGUUGGCCUGGGCCAAGUUCAAACCUGCCACCCUCAGUGUAUAUGGCCAGCGCCAAGCCAUGUGGGAAUUUCUAUCUGUUUUUUAUCUCAUCUCUUUAUAUUGUCUGCUUUCUGUUGAAUGUUUUAUAAUGUACAUAGUAAAUUAGUAUAGUAACCUGUGAAAGCAAUUUAUAAACACAUACAUGCUGGACAACCUCAGAAAUUGUUCACUGGUAGAGGCACUGUCCAGAGAGCCACUCCUUGCCCCAACCCCGCCCCAUGCUGAUGCUGUGGCCUUGACCUUUGCAGCCCUCAGCUGUCAGGGUGAGUGAAGAGGGUGUGGGUCAACCUUUCCCUGGGAUUCUUCACUCUUCAGUAUUUGAACCCAGCAGCCAAAUCAACAAACCUGUCUCAAGAAACCAAAAUAGAGCCCAUGGCCACCCCUUGUACAGGACCCUAUUCUCCCAACCUGAAUUGUGUCCCCUGGUUGAGCCAACCUUGAGGACCUGUGAGCUGAAGGUUCCCUGCCAAGGCCUCAGUGGUAUGUACCGGCCUGCAUGGUAAGAGAGGUGGAGGCUGCAGGAGGUGGCCCAGGGAGGUGGUGCAGCCAUCAGGGACACAAAAGCAAGGCUGGGAUGGCACCCACGGCUAUGUCUGAGAUUACUGAGACUAUUCAGUCCUCCUUUUCCAAGCCUUGGGGAACACCUGAGAAGCUGUCUGAAGUUGGUCCGAUGCCAGCAACUCUGGGUACAGCCAGAAGACAGGGCACCCAGACUUCUUCAAGCUCCCAGGGAAUGCCACAGGCAACUGGGGUUGAGAACUGCCAGGAGAGGAGACCACACGUCUCAAGACUCGCUCCACCAAAGGACCAGCUCCUGGCAGGAUCCCUGGCCUGGACUCUACAUCUGGCAGCUCUGGCCUGUCACCCUUGGGGCUGGAGGCUUCUUCCUGUGGUCAUUAAAGACAUGGUCAUUCCAU